AUGAAUGGUGAUAGUACACAGGACACCACUAACACAAGUGGUGGUGAAGAUUCUUCAACUACAGCAGACAGUAGUGGGAUAACUGUUGGUGACAGUUCUUCAGCUAAAGAAAACACUAGUGGGAUAACUGUUGGUGACAGUUCUUCAGUUAAAGAAAACACUAGUGGGAUAACUGUUGGUGACAGUUCUUCAGUUAAAGAAAACACUAGUGGGAUAACUGUUGGUGACAGUUCUUCAGCUCAAGAGAACACUAGUGGGAUAACUGUUGGUGACAGUUCUUCAGUUAAAGAAAACACUAGUGGGAUAACUGUUGGUGGAAGUUCCUCUACUCAGGAGGACACUUGUAGGACAGCUAGUGGUGAAUCUUCUUCAACUACAGAUUUCAGACAAGAUGCACCAUUGUUUGUGUCAGACAUUCAGACACUCUUUGUCAGCAACAAAAGUCUUCUUAGUUGUGAUUUAUUAUGGAGCCUUUUUGUAUCUGCUGCUAGAAGCUAUAGAUUCAGCUCGGUUCUUCACCCGUUCCCACCAAUGUACCACGUGAACAGUCAGGAUGAGAAGAAUAUCUUUGCACUGAGAAAUACUGUUUCAAAAGUUCCACAUUUUUCUACGGCUGUAGAGUUUGUAUCUUCUCUGUCACAAGAGUGUAAAGAGCUGCUAUCUUGGGUUUUGCUGCCAAAUAAUUUUCGCCUGAAACUGAAGCAAAAAAAUAAAUGUUUUCAACUUAUCAAAGAACUGACUGGCCAGGUGAUGGACACAGCAGAACCAAACUAUAUUUUUGAAAUUGUAUACAACGAAGAAAGAGAGCGGAAAUUUAAGGAGCUGCAGGGUGCCAGAAAAACAUUUCAUGGUUACCACGGCAGCCGCUUUGAUAACUUUUACUCAAUACUCCACAGUGGCUUGAAUGCACAUCUUAACAAAGUGUCAGUGUUCGGAGAAGGUACCUACCUGUCCAGUGAGCUGUCUGUCUCACUGAUCUACAGUCCUACAGGCGAAAGCUGGAAGAACAGCGGUUUGGGCGGGAAACUUUCCUGUGUUUGUGUCUGCCAGAUGAUUGAUGACCCAAGUGUGAAAUGCCAGGUCAAGAAUGAAAGUCUGACCAAACAGAAGCAAAGAGCCCAGGCAUCACGCGAUGCAGAUGCUGUCCCAGAGAAAUACUAUGUGGUUCAGAACAAUGACAUGAUGCGGGUCAAGUAUCUACUAGUGUACAAGCAUGAGAGCCGUCCACAGCAGGGCGCCCGGUUAGAAUCAUCAUCAUACACUUGGUUGCGUGACCACAAGUUCCCUCUGCUGAUGUUGGCCUAUGUUCUGCUUCUUGUAGCUAUUGGGUUGGCUAAUUCUCGGCAUGCAAUGAAUGCUAUCUCACGGGUUUUUAAAAGUAUUUCAUAA